AUGUCGACCAAGUCAUUCAGCCAAUUCAUCUCCUUCCUGAUGAUCCUUUCGCCAGCGAUCACUGUCUCUUCGUUCAAUAUGCCUCCCAGCACUCGCAAUGCUAAGAUUAGAACUCCAAGGCAUGCAACUUCAAGACCCGACUGUCGCCUUUACUCGUCCACAGAGCAGCCCAUUACAAGGCUCAGUUCAGACAUCUUUGACGAUCCUCCCAAGAGAUCGAACGGUGGUGAUAGUGGUAAUCUUUUGGACAGACUUGUUGGGUUCAUGCCUCCGCCACCUGAAGAUCAAUUCAUAAUGACAGGUGACAUUGCCGUCCUGUUCUUGUACUCCUUUAUUGGGCAUUCCGUUGACGACUAUGUCGUCAACAGUGUCUUUGAAUCUUCGCAAAGUACUGAAAAGGCGAUACAAACACUUGAUCCUCUUCAAGAAAUUGUGCAUAUGCAAACGCCCGUUUGGGUGGAUUAUUCCGCCUCGCCAACUGUGGUAGAUCAGGUCAUAACGAUGAAUGCCAAAGAUACCUUGCUCAAUCAAUGGGGACCUUUGUUUACUUCACCGGGAGUCUGUACGAUUGCGCUAUGCAGUACCUGGUUGCUUGCUGGAUACUUGCAUCGGGCGUUUUCCUUUCAGAACAGCAUUGAUUGUGAUAUCCCACGAACCUUGCAAAAGACGAUGGAAACAUGGAUCACCAUGAUGAUCAUGAUGCUCGGUCUAACAUUGGGAAGUAAUACAUUGGUCAAUCAAACACCAGUAUUGCAAAGUAUGUUGGGCGGGCAUUCUUUGGAUUACUUACUUACCAAGGACGACGCUCUGUUUUUGGUGGAUACCGCAACUAUCCUCAUUUCAUGGCGAUUCAUGGCCAACGUUAUCUGUCAGUAUUUGAGAUAG